GUCCCUUGUCGCCAAGAUAAAUCGAUAAAAAAGGCACCAAGUUACGCUAUCAGGAAUGGGAGGGCCCAAGGACAAUUCUUCCCCAGUCUUCCGAACCGAUUUCGGCCAAAGCGUGAGUGCCCCAUAGAGCCAGCCCCCUUGGCUACUGUAGACAUCUAUAUAUGUGAGUCUCAUCUGCUUCGUGUCUACUAUUAUGUGGUUUGCUACGUCUGUUCUAGAUUAAUUUGUGGCACCAAUCGGAAUUUCAAUAUGCCGUCAAACGAAACUCUCGCUUCCAUCGUUAAACAGAUUCCCUAUAAGGUCCUCGUUCUCGGAGGUUCCUACGCUGGGCUUGGAGCGGCUCUGAACCUGCAGGAUCUUUGCAGUGGAAGAAAGGCACGAUUUGCAGCCCAGGCACCCGAUACAAGCAAGUUCGGCAAGAUCUCUGUUGAAAUCACGGUCGUGGAUGAGAAGGAUGGAUAUUUCCAUCUGAUAUCUACGCCGCUUGCACUUGCUUCCAGUGAAUAUGCACCAAGGGCCUGGACAAAGUUCCGAGACCUUCCGGCCUUGAAGGACAUUCGAUUCAUUCAAGGCACUGCUGAGAAGGUUGACUCCGUCAAAAAACACGCAGUGAUCCUAGAUUCGGAGACGAAGUCACCCGUUACUUUGGAGUACGACUACCUUGUCGCUGCAACAGGUCUUCGAAGAGCGUGGCCUGUCGUCCCUCAAGCCAAGACCAGAGAGUCAUACCUGUCCGAGGCGGCAGAGCACAUUGAAGCAGUGAGAAAGGCCAAGGAUGGCGUGGCGGUCAUAGGAGGAGGGGCUGUCGGUAUUGAGAUGGCGGCUGAGAUCAAGCUGGUGAUGCCUGAUCAGAAAGUUACCUUGAUUCACUCCCGAGACAGACUUUGUUCUUCCGAACCCCUUCCAGACGAGUUCAAAGAUAGAUGUCUCAGUACUCUCCAUGAGGCUGGAGUAGAAACUAUCAUGGGCCAACGCGUAUUGAGCGUCGAGACAUCUCAGUCAGAAGAGGGCGAUGCCAUUUCUGAAUUGACAUUAGCCGACAACUCGAAACUUCGCGCCGGCUAUGUGAUUCACGCUAUAUCAAGAAGUAUACCUUCCACCACAUAUCUACCGGCAUUAGCCCUGGACAACGAAGGUUAUGUCAAGGUCACCCCCAGACUGCAUCUCACGCCUGAUAUGCCCAACUCGCUCAAUCACUUUGCAAUUGGCGACAUUGCCAAGUGGUCGGGGAUUAAGCGGUGUGGUUCAGCGAUGCACAUGGGGCAAUACGCUGCACAGAAUAUACACCAAUUGAUGCUCGUCGAGCAAGAAGGUAUCAAACCGGAAUUCCUGGAGUUGAAUGAAAUACCGCCCAUGAUCGGCAUUGCGGUUGGCAAGCAAGCCGUCGCAUAUUGGCCGGCUGAUGGUGUCACUUACGGAGAAAGUGUCCAAGACAUGUGUUUUGGCAAUGAUCUGGGAUACACCAUCUGUUGGAACCAUAUGCAGCUUGGAAAGGAAUGUCCUUCGUGAUGUCCUGAUCAUACAAAGAUUGCGGCAUCUGAGCGGCCUGCUCCCGAUCGGGACUUCAAACAUGACACGCGUACAGCCACAUAGUCUGAUUCUCGUAUGAUUGAGGAAAUGAUCAUCCACAUCGGCACGAAUGAGUUGUCUGCGUAUAAGGAAGCAGCGUCAACAUGACAUCGAACAAAGUGUGGACUGGGUUCUGUGAUCACUGGCGUGUCAGUCUUCGCGUGCGCAAGGUUGCAGCUGAACGUGGUUGCAUGCAGUUGCAUGCAGAUGUUUCACCCGGGGUCAGGAUAGACCACCAGAAGGGAUCAAUUCUGAACCAUUCCGUUGCUGCCACUGGUUCCCGACUCCUCCAGCAUGUCCGGCCAUCUGGUAAAGAAAUGUGCUAGUGUUCAUGUUUCCGAUGUCGCAGGCCCGCAGACCACGACACAGGGUCCCAGCUCCUGUCAUUUGGUUGAUAACCCCAUCAAGAUGGCUCUUCGGUCGAAGUGCCUGGGAGGGAAAUCGUUUGGGAAAUGGAUCGAGGCACGGUGGAACAUCGAAAUUGGAAUGGGGUGAUACUCCGUACAUGAGGAUGAAAGGGAACGUUCGAUUGGAGAUAAUCUUAUCAGAUGAAAAUUUUUCACAGCUCCGUGACCAGUAGUAGGGGCCAAUGAGGAUGCGGGACCCGGGUAGUUGUUGCAGGCCGGCGCGGUCUCGGCGCAGAUUUGGCGUGGUGUAAAUUAAGU